GACGAGUCGAUGAUGGCCAACGAUACGCAGCAGUACGAUCUCAUUCUGUGCCUCUCCGUGACCAAGUGGAUCCAUCUCAAUUUCGGGGAUGCCGGCCUCAAGCUGGCCUUCAAGCGGAUGUUCAACCAGCUGCGGCCCGGCGGCAAGCUCAUACUGGAGGCCCAGAACUGGGCCAGCUACAAGAAGAAGAAGAACCUCACGGCGGAGAUCUACAACAACUACAAGCAAAUCGAUCUCUUUCCGAACAAAUUCCACGAGUUCUUGCUCAGCUCCGAGGUGGGCUUCAGUCACAGCUACACGCUGGGCGUGCCUCGGCACAUGAACAAGGGAUUCUGUCGGCCCAUUCAGCUGUACGCCAAGGGCGACUACACACCGAACCAUGUCCGAUGGAGCGAUGCCUACUAUCCGCAGACGCCGUACGAGGCCUAUCGCGGGAUCUACGCCACCUUGCCGGCCCAUCGGAUGAGUGCCGGUGGCAGCCACAGCGGGCACGCGCCGCUGCUGCACAUGAGCAGCUCGAGUCGGUCGCAGAACUACGAUACGCCGCACUAUGCGGGCAGCGCCUCGGGGUCGGCCAGCCUGCGGCAGACGCCGCACUACCAGCCCACCUACAAUCCCCUGGAGACGGACUCCUACCAGCCCAGCUACGACAUGGAGUCGUACGGAGGCAAUCACAUGUACGUGUUCGCCUCGCCGCUCUACCAGACGGUCUGGUCGCCGCCAGCCUCGCUGCGGAAGAGCUCCUCGCACACGCCCGUCUUUGGCAGCGUUCGGGAGGCGGAGCUGGACGGCGACAGCAGCAUCGGGGGCGGCGGCAGCGGCGGCGGCAGCUACCAUCGGCACGUCUAUCCGCCGAACGAUGACACCUGCUCCCCGAAUGCCAACUCUGGGAACGCGUUCAACUCGAUCAGCGAUGCGGACACGGACGACUCGAAUCAGCUGCCCAGCGGCAGUCGGCCCCAUGUGUAUGCCACCAAUUGUGGCGAGAGCUCCUCCUCGCCGCAGGUGAACCACCACGAGGCCACCGCAGAGUUUGUCGAGGACGUCCUGAUGGACGAUGAGCAGAAGACGCAGGUCGCCGGCGGCACGCCCACCGCCUACCACAGUGAUCUGUCGGAUGCCUGAGCGGGUGAGGGCGGCGGCAGGGGCGGAACGAAGACGGCUCGCAAGAAAGGAAGAAAAGAAAAAUGUGUCAAAAACAAACAAAAAAGAUAAAAACGGAUAAACAAGCAAAAGAAAAAUUCAAAAAUUGUUUGAAACAAAAGAAAAAAAAAACGAAAACAAAAAUAUGUAACGGUAAACGAGACGCUUAAUUGUAAUUUAAAAAGUAACAGAAUCACACAGAUAUAUACUAGUGCUAGUUAGCGCAUGCUAGUUUGUUAUGGAAUAGCUCGAAUGUUUGUAAAUGUAUUGAUGCCAAUUGCUUAUAUUCGGAAAGGUUACAGUCUUGACAAUUAUUUAAAUCAAAAACGAGGUGGA